AUUGAGUUGCUCAAGUCAACAAUGGCGAAUCAGUUAGUCAUCAUCCUUUGUUUCUCCACAUUCCUCAUCUUAUCUCAUUUCACCUCUCUUUCUCUCUCUAAAGAAACUAAUCCCAGCUCCGGUGACGAUGACGACGAAGACCUUAGCUUCCUUGAAGAACCGGAAGAUGGAACUCCAUCGACACACGAUACUUACGAUCAGGAUCUUCCCGAUUUUGAUGAAUUCGCCGGAGACGAAGACGAAGACGAUUUCGACAACUUCAACUACAACGACGACGAAUUCGAAGUGCCUGCUCAUGAUUACAAUGAGGAAGAGGAGCACACGAACUCAAUUGAUGAUAAGGAUGUUGUUGUUUUGGUUGAAAGCAACUUUACUGACAUUGUGGAGAGUAAUCGUUACGUGAUGGUGGAGUUCUACGCUCCUUGGUGUGGUCAUUGUAAGGCUCUUGCUCCAGAGUACGCCGCCGCAGCCACGGAGCUGAAAGGAGAGCCGGUGGUGCUUGCUAAGGUUGAUGCACAAGAGGAGAGUGACCUUGCUGAGACGUACGAGGUCCAAGGGUUUCCUACUGUUCUCUUUUUUGUCGACGGUGUUCACAAGCCUUACCUUGGGCAACGCACCAAAGAUGCUAUAGUAAAUUGGAUCAAGAAGAAGACAGGACCUGGGGUAUACAACAUAACGACUGUAGAAGAUGCAGAGAAAAUACUUGCAUCUGAGGACAAAGUUGUUUUGGCCUUCGUCAGCUCUUUGGUGGGUCCUGAAAACGAGGAACUUGCUGCAGCUUCCAAGCUUGAUGAUGAUGUCAACUUUUAUCAAACCAUAGAUCCUAAUGUUGCCAAGCUUUUCCAAAUUGAUCCUGAUGUAAAACUCCCAGCUUUAGUCUUGCUGAAGAAGGAUGCUGAGAAAGUGACCCAUCAUGAUGGUCUAUUCGACAAGUCUGCAAUUAAGGAGUUUGUUUUUGCAAAUAAACUUCCCUUGGUGACAACUUUUUCCAGAGAAAGUGCAUCUUUGAUUUUCGAAAGCCCAAUAAAGAAACAGGUGAUGCUAUUUGCUACGUCAAUGGGUUCAACUAAGGUUGCCCAGACAUUUGUGGAUGCUGCAAAGUUAUUUAAGGGGAAGCUUAUCUUUGUGUAUGUUGAUAUGGACAAUGAGGAUGUUGGAAAGCCUGUUGGAGAUUAUUUUAGUAUCACGGGAGAUGCUCCACAGGUUAUUGGAUACACCGGAAACGAUGAUGCUAAGAAAUUUGUAUUUGAUGGAGAUCUGACAGUUGAAAACCUUAAGGCUUUUGGGGAGAAAUUUUUGGACGACAAGCUUAAAGCUUUCUACAAAUCUGAUCCAAUUCCUGAGCAUAAUGACGGUGACGUGAAGAUAGUAGUUGGGAAUAACUUUGAUGAUAUGGUCUUGGAUGAGUCGAAAGAUGUUCUACUAGAGAUUUAUGCACCAUGGUGCGGGCAUUGCCAAGCUCUAGAACCAACUUACAGCAAGCUUGCUAAGCAUUUGCGCGAUAUUGAUUCCUUGGUAAUAGCAAAGAUGGAUGGAAGUACAAAUGAACAUCCCAAGGCAAAGGCGGAUGGGUACCCAACACUUCUCUUCUACCCCGCUGGAAACAAAAGCUCUGAUCCUAUAUCUGUAGAUGUUGAUCGAACAGUAGUGGCAUUCUACAAAUUCCUUAAGAAACAUGCUUCGAUCCCCUUUAAGCUCCAGAAACCAACUUACACUGAUGCCAAACAAAGCAGCAAAGAUAGCAACAUUGACAAAAAAGAUGAACUCUGACAAUAGUUUCUACCUGUAGUUCUUAUAAAGAGUAUUUAUGUAUACGUUGAGAUACCAUUUUUAUAUACGAAACUGAAGGUUGAAGAUAGAAUAGGAGGCAACAUGGACAGCAUUCUAGAUUGUUUACGUGUAUACGAAUGGACAUCGUCAUGAACUGCUGGCUACGGUGAGCCAUGGUUUGCUCUUUUAAAUCCGACUUUUAUGAAAUGCAAGGACCCUUUACCAAUUGGCUAGUGCU